GGCGUGACAAGCCCAGAAAGGAGAAGACCACCUACUGGACACAAAAUCACAGCAAAGAAGCUGCUCUCGAGGUCUGGAUCAGAGCAAGAGCAAUAAUCAGGUUUCUGUUUUUCGAAAACAGGAGAGUCCCCAAACGAAUAUUUACUGCAAAACCAACAGACAAAAACAAAAUGGCCUUCCUGCUCAUGUUUGUGACUCUGCUACAUCUCAUCACCCUGGCCAUGCUGUUCAUCUCGACUAUGGAGAAGUCCUGGUGGGUGUGGGACGGGAUGGAGAACUCGGAUCUGUGGUACAACUGUCGGUACGACAACUUCUCAGGAACUUGGUUAUGUGCGUCCUCCAAAGAAACUGAGUGGCUUCAUGGAGUUCAGGUCUUGAUGGUCCUCUCAGUGGUCUUCUCCUCGGUUUCCUUCUUGGUUUUUCUGGGUCAACUUUUUACUAUGUCCAAGGGUGGACUCUUUUACUUUACUGGACUGUGUCAAGUGUUUGCAGGCCUGACAGCCUUGUCUGCAGCACUCAUCUACACAUUACACAACAAGGAAAUCCUCCAGGACAGCAGAGAACUGACUUCGGGACACUUUGGCUACUGCUUCAUCCUAGCCUGGGUGUGUGUGCCCCUCCUGCUCUGCAGCGGCUUCAUUUACGUCCACUUGCGCAAGAAAGAGUGAUCAUGCAAAACAACACAAUGUCAAAAGUGAUGGAAAAUAUUGAUAGGCUAAGCACAAAUUUAUAUUCCUUGCUUCUGUGCUCUGGUCAAUGGAAUUUUGUUUCUUCAAAGUGAACACAAUUAUAACCCUAAGAAUCUAUUUUGUUAGCAAGGGAUUGAAUUCUCAACAUUUACUCACGAUAUAGCAGAAGACAGGCUUGCAUGCUAAAAUGCUAUUUUUUUCCUGAAUGUUUUUUAUUGUCGAACAUACACCAAUGUGAAAAAUAUCUAAUACGUAGAACGCUCUAUAGGAAAAUGCAUGCAGAUAUUUAUUUUUGUACCUGUAGAAUUUCUUUGUUAUGGUAUUAAAUGUCAGUCAAAGAAAUGA